AGUGCCGGCUGGAGGCAGGAUCAGGAACCAGGUCGGAGUCUAGUUUCACUUUCAGUUUUGUUUUCUCCAGAAAUGACAGAGAAACCAAGAAGAAAGCUAUCACCAGCAGCGUCCUUCACUCCCUUAGCCUCAGUGCCUGUUUGCACCAGCCACAGCUGGGCACUGGCAUCUGCUGGCACCACCUCCCACAGGGACCCUACCUAUAAGCUCUGCAACCCACUGUCCAGCCCCAGCCCUCGGGAUGGAUGUCCUGGAGACCUCCAAGUUGCUGGAUGAGGGCCGGUAUUCACGGCAGCUGUGAGGCCCGAGGUAUGUGCUGGGCUUGCCAGCCAUGCAGAGGCUUCAGGAGGCUAAGGUCCUGCUGUCGGGUCUUCAGGGCCUGGGGGCUGAGGUGGCCAAGAACCUGGUCCUCAUGGGUGUGGGCAGCCUCACUCUGCAUGAUCCCCACCCCACCUGCUGGUCCGACCUGGCUGCCCAGUUCUUCCUCUCGGAGCAGGACUUGGCGAGGAGUAGGGCCGAGGCAUCUCAAGAACUUCUGGCCAAACUCAAUGGAGCUGUUCAGGUUCACGUCUACACAGGCGACAUCACUGAGGAGCUGCUGCUGAACUUCCAGGUGGUGGUGCUGACUACCUCGAACCUGGAGGAACAGCUGAAGGUGGGUACCUUGUGCCACAAGCACGGAGUCUGCUUUCUGGUGGCUGACACCCGGGGCCUCGUGGGGCAGUUGUUCUGUGACUUUGGUGAGAACUUCAUUGUGGAGGACCCUACAGAGGCAGAACCUAUGACAGCUACCAUUCAGCACAUCUCCAAGGGCUCCCCUGGCAUUCUCACUCUGAGAAAAGAGGCUGAUGCCCACUACUUCCAUAAUGGGGAUUUGGUGACUUUCUCGAGCAUUGAGGGCAUGGUCGAGCUCAACCACUGUGAUCCCCGGCCUAUCCACGUGCAGGAGGACGGGACCUUGGAGAUUGGAGACACAUCAAAUUUCUCCUGUUACUUGCGUGGCGGGGCUGUCAUUGAGGUCAAGAGUUCCCAGACUGUGAGCCAUGAGCCCUUGGAUGCAGCUCUGCUCCAGCCCCGUGUGGUGGCCCAGAGUUCCCAGGAAGUUCACCGAGCCCACUGUCUGCAUCAGGCCUUCCGUGCACUGCACAAGUUCCAGCAGCUCAGUGGCCGUCCGCCCCAGCCCUGGGAUCCUGCUGAUGCAGAGAGAGUGGUGGGCCUGGCUCGGGCCCUGGAACCACUGAGGGGGACAGAAGGAGAGCCAUUGGAAAAGCCGCUGGAUGAGGCUCUCGUGCGGACAGUCGCCCUGAGUAGUGCUGGUGGCCUGAGCCCCAUGGCAGCCGUGCUGGGUGCAGUGGCUGCCCAGGAAGUGCUGAAGGCAGUCUCCAGGAAGUUCAUGCCCCUGGACCAGUGGCUGUACUUCGAUGCCCUUGACUGCCUCCCGGAAGAUGGGGAGCACCUUCCCAAUCCCGAGGACUGCUCACCGAGAUGCUGCCGCUACGAUGGGCAAAUCGCGGUGUUUGGGGCUGGUUUUCAGGAGAAGCUGAGCCAUCAGCACUACCUCCUGGUGGGUGCUGGUGCUAUCGGCUGCGAGCUGCUCAAAGGCUUCGCCCUGGCGGGCCUGGGGGCCGGAGGCAGCGGGGGUGUGACUGUCGCUGAUAUGGACCAUGUUGAGCACUCCAACCUCAGCCGUCAGUUCCUCUUCAGGACCCAGGACAUUGGCAGGCCCAAGGCAGAGGUGGCUGCAGAGGCCGCUCACCGCCUGAACUCAGACUUGCGGGUGACCCCGCGCACCGACCCUCUGGAUUCCACUACAGAGCACAUCUAUGGGGACGAAUUUUUCUCGCGUGUGGAUGGCGUGGCUGUCGCCCUAGACAGUUUCCAAGCCCGGCGCUAUGUGGCCGCUCGCUGCACCCACUAUCUGAAGCCACUGCUGGAGGCAGGCACACAGGGCACCCGGGGCAGUGCUUCAGUGUUCAUACCGCAUGUGACUGAGGAAUACAGAGCUCCCGCCUCGGCUAUUUCUGAGGAUGCCCCAUAUCCUGUCUGCACUGUGCGGUACUUCCCCAGCACAGUUGAGCAUACCCUGCAGUGGGCCCGGGAUGAAUUUGAGGGGCUCUUUCGUCUGUCUGCCGAGACCAUCAACUGCCAACAGGCACUUACUUCACUGGCAGACACGGACGGGCCAAACUUGCUGACGCUGCGGCAGGUGGUGCUGGGUGCCCUCAGAAGUCGUCCACGGACCUGGCAAGACUGUGUGAUGUGGGCCCUUGGUCACUGGCAACUAAGCUUCCAUUACGGCAUCACGCAGCUACUCAAGCAUCUCCCGCCUAAUAAAGAUGGAACACGUUUCUGGUCGGAUCCCACACAGUGUCCCCAGCCUCUGGAAUUUGACGCCAAUCAAGACAUGCACGUCCUCUACGUGCUGGCGGCAGCUAACCUGUACGCCCAGAUGCAUGGGCUGCCUGGCUCACAGGACCAGCCUGCGCUCAGGGAAAUGCUGAAGUUGCUGCCGCUGCCUGGCCCCCAGGACCUGGCCCCCAUCUUUCCUAGUGACCUGGCUUCUGCUAAGCUUGGCCCUGAGCAGGUGCAGAGAUUACAUGAAGCCCUGAAAGUCUGGAGUGUGGAUGCCCCGCUGAGGCCCCUGAAGUUUGAGAAGGAUGAUGACAGCAACUUCCAUGUGGACUUUGUGGCGGCGGCGGCAAGCCUGAGAGCUCAGAAUUAUGGGAUCCCACCAGCUAACCGCGCCCAGAGCAAGAGAAUCGUGGGCCAGAUUAUCCCAGCCAUUGCUACCAGUACCGCGGCUGUGGCGGGCUUGGUGGGCUUGGAGCUGUACAAGGUGGUGGGCGGGCCACGACCCCUCAGUGCCUUUCGCCACAGCUAUCUGCACCUGGCUGAAAACUACUUCAGCCGCUGGGUGCCUUGCGCCCCAGCCAUCCAGAAGUUCAAUCGCCUGACGUGGACCUGUUGGGACAGACUGAAGGUGCCUGCUGGGCAGCCCGAGAGGACCCUGAAGUCACUCCUGGACCACCUUGAGGAACAACAUGGACUGAAGGUGAAUAUGCUGCUGCAAGGGAAGGCCGUGCUCUACUCAGUGAGAUGGUCGCCUGAAAAGCAGGCCCAGUACCUGCCCCUUAGGGUGACAGAACUGGUGCGGCAGGUGACAGGCCAGGUGCCUGAGCCAGAGCAGCAGGUGCUGGUACUGGAGCUCAGCUGUGAGGGUGAGGACGAAGACACUACCUUUCCACCCCUGCACUACGAGCUGUGCAAGGAAGCAGCCCCACUGCACAGCAAUAUCGAGCCCUGAAUCCUGUGACCACAGUAGAUCCUCAAUAAAUGCUUGUUGAAGGAAAGA